CUCCUCCAAGCAGCCAUUUUAACUGCUCUGGGUCCGCUCCGCCUCCGGAACGCUGAGUCCGGGCUGAGGUGAGGGUACUGUGAAGGUCUGAGGGGAGACGCUGGCCCCGCUGCACCGAGGCGGGUUCGAGGCUCUGCGACUCCCCGGGGGGGCCCCCGCGUCCCACUCUUCCCGCCGCACUCCGCCGUCAGACCCCGAUGGCGGCCGCGCUGAGGGACCCGCCUCAGGUGAAAACAAAGAGCGGCGUCAGGAGUCAGUACAGAAACGGUUGCCUGAAAAGAUGGGUGUCUCUUCAAGAGGUGACCGGAGGUUUGAAUCAAAGUGGGCAGGGCAGUGUGACUUUUGAAGACGUGGCCGUGAACUUUUCCUGGGAGGAAUGGGGUCUCCUUGAUGAGGCUCAGAGAUGCCUGUACCACAACGUGAUGCUGGAGAACCUGGCACUUAUAACCUCCCUGGGUUGUUGGCAUGGAGCAGAUGAGGCAGUUUCUGAGCAGAAAAUUCAAGGAGGGUCACAGAUCAGCACUGUCAAGGCAGGCAGAAGAACGAGGAUACGGAGGAGGGAUAUCGCUUCAUCGAAUAAUGGACUCUGACCCAGCCAGUAUUCCUGUUGAAUCAGCCUCCUGCCUUAUUUUUUGGUUGGCGUUACAUCUGUCAGAAGUGGGAUACAGCAUGAUCUGCAAACUUUAACACCGCCAUGGAUUCGAGUAAGGUGCCUACAAGAGACCACUGUGCUUUACCAUCUCCUUGGUGAUCCCAGGUCGUGCUGGCAGUUAACGAGGCGCUCUCCUGAGAAUUACAUCAUUUAACAACCCCAGAAGUAUCCAGCAGAGGAGCUAUUUAUUUCCACUUCUCAACGGAGGGAUCUGCAGCUCAGAGAGGUUUUAGGAUUCGAAGAUGUCUUUCUCAAGAACCUUGGAGCCAUCCUUUCAAACUGCAGACAUCAAGGGAGACAGCUUGCUUGUCAGUUCCUGUGGGAGGACAGGAGUCUCAUCGUAGUGGACACCUUGCUCCAACAUGAAAACUGUCUCCGAUAGAGAGGUGAGAAGAGGGAUCAAACCUCACCACUCAUCACAUCAACACCUAAUGUACAGGAAACAGGGGGAAGGGUGAACAGUGAAACAGCAUCAGAGACUCAAAAAGCCACAUCUAGAGUGUGCCAAAUUGUGAUGAACAAAUGACAGAAAAUUAUAAAAAACAGAUAAUAUGAAUUUUAAAAGAUGCUUUGCUUCUUUCUCACCACUUGCAGUCAACAUAAUUUUGGAAGUCCUAGCCACAGCAAUCAGAAAAGCGAAAGAAAAAUAAUCCAAAUUGGAAAGGAAGAAGUAAAACUGUCACUGUUUGCAGAUGACAUGGCACUAUACGUAGAAAAUCUUGAAGACGCCCCCAGAAAAAUCCAUUGAGCUCAUCAAUGAAUUAGGUACCGCUGCAGGAUCCAAAAUUAACAUGUAGAAAUUUGUUUCAUUUCUGUAUAGUAACAGUGAACUGUCAGAAAGGAAAAUUAAGGAGACGAGCCCAAUUACCACAUCAAAAAUAAUAAAAUACCGAGCAAUCAAUCUAUCUCAGGAGGUAAAAGGCCUGUCCUUGGAAAACUUAAGACACCGAUGACAGAAACUGAAGAUGACACAGACAGGUGGAAAGAUAUACCGUGUCCUUGGACUGCAAGAUUCAGUAUUGUUAAAACGAUCACACUACCCAAGGCAAUCUACAGAUUUCAGUGCAACCCCUAUCAAAUUACCAAUGGCAUUUUUCACAUAAAUGGAACAAAAAAUGACCCCAAACAGCCACAACAAUCUAGAGAAAGAAUGGAGCUGGAGGAAUCACUCCCUGACAUCAGACUAUACUACAGAGCUAGAGUAAUCAGAAAGUAUGAUGUCAGCCUGAAAACAGACACACAGAUCAACAGAACCGAACAGAGAGCCCAGAAAUAAACCCGCACACUUGGGGUCAGUUUACUCUACGACACAGGGUCAAGAACAUACGAUGAACAAAAGACAGUCUCUCUCAGUAAGUGGUUCUGGGAAAACCGGGCAGCUACAUGUAAAAGAAUGCAAUCAGAACAUUCUCAGACACCAUAUACAAAAGUAAACAAGAUGGAGUACAACCUAAAUGUAAGACCAGAUACUAUAAAACUAGAGGAAAACACAGGCAAAACACACUUUGACAUAAAUCACAGCAGUAUUUUUUUGGAUCCGUCUCCUAAAAUGAAGGAAAUAAAGGCAAAAAUAAACAAAUGCGACAUAAUUAAACUUAAAAGCUUUUUCUGAAGAAAGGAAACCGUUGACAAAAUGAGAAGACAGUGUCCUGAAACAGAGGAAAUAUUUGGACACGGUAUGACCGAUAAUGGAUUAAUGUCUAAUAUAUAUAAACAAUGCAUACAAUUCAACAUCAAAGAAACAAAUCAAUUUAAAAAUGGGCAGAAGAUCUGAACAAUUUUCCAAAGAGGAAAUGCUGAUUUUCAGUAGGCACAUGAAAAGAUGCUUAACAUCAGUCAUCAAGCAAAUGAAAGUGAAAAACACAGUAUCACCUCACACCUGUCAGAAUGCCUAUCUUCAAAAUAGCACAAAUAACAAAUGUUCGCAAACUAUGGAGAAUAGGGGACGCUUGUACGCUGUUGGUGGGAAUGUAUAUUGGUCCAGCCACUGUGGAAAACAGAAUGGAUGUUUGUGAAAAAAGACUAAAAACAGGCUUACCAUAUGAUCCAGCAAUUUCAUUCCUGUGCAUAUAUCCAAAGGAAAUGAAGAUACUAGUUCAAAAAGGUACACGCACCCCAGCGUUCACAUCAGCAUCAUUUACAAUUCCCAUGAUGUAGAAGCAACCUAAACGUCCGUCGACAGAUGACUGGAUAAAGAAGUGUUGGUGUACUUAUACAAUGGAACACUGCUCAGACAUAAAACAGAAUGAGGUAAUGGCAUUUGCAGCUACAUGCAUGGACUUGGAGGGCAUUACGCUAAGUGAAACAAGUGAGACAGAGAAAGACAAAUAAUGUAUGAUAUCACUUGUAAUGUGGAAUCUAAAAAGUACAACAAAAUAUUGAAGAUAACAAAAAAGCAGCAGACUCACACAUACAGAGAACAAAGUCGUGGUUACCUCUAGGGAGAGGAGGGGGUGGGAAGUGUAGGGUUGGGGGUGUGAGGGUACAAACUACUGGGUGUAAGACAGGCUCAAAGCUGCAGUGUACAACACAGGUAAUACAGUCCGCCCUUUGUCAUAACUGUAAAUGGAAAGUAACCUUAAAAAUUGUAUAAAAAACUAAAGGAAAAAACUUACCAAAUUGUAAAAUUCAAGUAUGUGCAGUUUAUUUCACAUGAUUUAUAUCUUCUUAAAGCUUUAAAAUAUGGUUCGAAAUAAAAAUCUGCAAUUCCUUCUGUC